UCAGCUGUUUGUCAAUCGAUAUUAUGACAUUAAUGUCACCAAUCGGAUGUUUGUCAAUUAUUCAAUUCGAUUUUUGUUAGUGUAAUACUGUAAUUUCCCAAUUCUUUAAAUUAUAAUGGAAAAUUCAUUAGAUAGAGUAAUGGAUGAAACCUUAUCUCAGCCAGGAGUCUAUGGAUGUGUAUUUUCUGAUGAUCAUGGCCUUGGAUUGGGAGCUAAGGGGAAGGCUUCUGUUGAUAGUUCUGGGGUUAUUGCAGCUAUUGCAAUGGUUGCAGCAAAAUUAGAACCUCACAACGAGAACCCAAUAAUUAGCUUUGAAAAUGAUAGUAGGACUUGUAUCAUCAAGAGGAAUAAAAAUCUGAUUGGUGCAAUAUUUAAAACAACAGGCAAAUCAUGAAUUGAAUUCUUCAACAAAUUGUUUCAUCUUUGUUAUUGUAUCUUAUUGUAAUAUCCUAAUAAUGUAUAUUUUCUUUAUUUCUCGUUAGUGCUAUGAACUGAAAGUUCUAUGCCUUUGAGCUGAGAGUUUUUAUACAGCAAAAUAUAAAGAAAGAUUCAGUGAUUUA